GAAACGUCGUGAUUGAAUUUAUUUUCUACCUACGUGACUUUACCGAAAGAACCGGAGUACGUAAGAAAAUAUAAAGCCUCUUCCGCAAAUUAAAAUUGCGCAAGUUCACGAAUUCCCAAGCUCAACAGCAAGAGGCAGUCCCAGACACACAAACAACACUGCACAGCGGACAGCCCAUCGAUGAGAAUCGGCAGCGUGACAAAUAGUCGACAGGCUCGGAUCGACGGCGAGAGGAAUCGAUCCGCCACAUGUCGCUUCGCGCUGGGCUCCUGCCGCUCCGUCUCCUCCAUCCCCGCUCCGUCUCGCUCCGUCUCCUCCUCUUCCAUCCCCGCUCCGUCUCCUCCGUCCGCUCCGUCUCGCUCCGUCUCCUCCUCCAUCCCCGCUCCGUCUCCUCCGUCCGCUCCGUCUCCUCAGCGCCGCCGUCUCCUCUCGCUCCCUCGACCCAUUCGCGUUGCGGCGUCGUCAGCCUGGGCAGAGCGAUGGGUCCGUCGCACGUGAAGGACGCGGGCGGCGUCCCGGAGAUUCUCCUGCGUUGGAACGUGGCGGCCGACGAGGUGGACGCCCUCACCGAGGAGGUGAUCGCUGCCGCCAAGGCGGUGCACGACGCCGUGGCGGCCGUGCCGCUCGCCGACGUCACCGUCGCCAGCGUCCUCAAGCCCCUCGCUGACUCGGCCAACGCCUACGCCGUCGGGCGCAACCAGCUGGACUUCCUGCAGCACGUGUCACCGUCGCGUGCCGUGCGCGAGGCCAGCACCCGCGCCGACAAGCGCCUCUCGCUCUUCGACGUGGAGGCGGCGAUGCGCGAGGACGUGCACCGGCGCCUCGCCGCGCUGCAGGAGCGCCUCGUCGCCCGUCUCGCCGCCGGCGACGCCGACGACGCCGACGGUGACGACGGCGUCGGCGUCGUCACCCCCGAGGGGCGGCGGCUGCUGGACCGCCUCGUCAAGACGGGACUCCGCAACGGCCUGCACCUGCCGGCCGACAAGCAGGCCGAGAUCAAGGUGAUCAAGGAGAAAAUUUCCAGUCUGUGCAUCGACUUCCACACCAACCUCACCGAAGACAACUCCUUCCUGGAGUUCACCGCCGAAGAGCUGAAGGGGAUGCCCGGGGACUUUGUGUCGUCGCUGGAGAAGGCGGAGGGGAACGACCGCCUGAAGGUUACGCUCAAGUACCCGCACUACUUCCCGCUGAUGAAGAAGUGCAGCGUGGAGGAGACGCGCGCCCGCAUGGAGCGCGCCUUCACCUCGCGCUGCAUCGAGGCGAACACGCGCAUCCUGGAGGAGCUGCUGAGGCUGCGCUGGCGCAAGGCCCAGCUGCUGGCGUUUGCGUCGCACGCCGACUUCGCCGUCGAGCUGAACAUGGCCAAGACGGCGGCGGCCGUCAAUCGCUUCCUGGACGAGCUGGCGGAGCGUCUGGCGCCCCUGGGAGUGGCCGAGCGCGCCGAGAUGCUGGCGCUGAAGCGUGAGGAGACGGGGGGAGGGGCCGACGUGGCCCUCCACGCGUGGGACCUGCGCUACUACGCGACGCGCGUCGAGGAGGAGAGGUUCACGCUCGACCACGACGCCCUGAGGCAGUACUUCCCCCUGCAGGUGGUGACGCAGGGGCUGCUGGGCAUCUACGAGCGGCUGCUGGGCGUUCGCUACGAGCUGCGCGAGGAGGGGGGAGGGGCGGCGGGGGCGUGGCACGAGGAGGUGCGGCUCUACCGCGUCACCGACGCCGCCUCGCAGCGCCUGCUCGGGCACUUCUACCUCGACCUGCACCCACGCGAUGGCAAGUACGGCCACGCCGCGUGCUUCGGGCUGCAGCCGGGCUGCCUGCUGCCGAGCGGCGAGCGGCAGCCCGCCGUGGCGGCGAUGGUCGCCAACUUCAGCCGCCCGUCGUCCGCUGACGUCCCCGCGCUGCUCACGCACAGCGAGGUGGAGACGUUCUUCCACGAGUUCGGCCACGUCAUGCACUCGGUGUGCGCGCAGGCGGACUACGCGGCCUUCAGCGGCACCCACGUGGAGCGCGACUUCGUGGAGGCGCCGUCGCAGAUGCUGGAGAACUGGGCGUGGGAGGCGGCGCCGCUGGCGCUCGUGUCGGGGCACGUGCGCGACGGCGCGCCCGUGCCCCCGCAGCUCGCCGGCCUGCUGGCCGCGUCGCGCCUCGCCAACGUCGGAGUGUUCACGCUGAGGCAGGUGGUGCUGAGCAAGCUGGACCAGGUGAUCCACAGCGGAGAGAGCGCCGACACGGCGCGCGAGUACUCGCGCCUCUGCUCCGACAUCAUGGGCAUCCCUGCCACCCCAGGCACCAACAUGUGCGCGUCGUUUGGUCACCUGGCGGGGGGCUACGACGCGCAGUACUACGGCUACCUGUGGAGCCAGGUGUUCUCUGACGACAUGUUCCACUCACGCUUCCGCGAGCAGGGCAUCAUGGACCCAGCGGUGGGCAACGACUACCGCAGGUUCAUACUUACACCAGGCGGCUCGCUGGACGCCGACGUGAUGCUCAAGAACUUCCUGGGUCGUGACCCCAACAACCUGGCCUUCCUCCGGAGCAAGGGGCUGGCUGCCGCCGCCGUCGCCGCCGCCGCCGCCGCCACCGCAGGGGACGCUGGGAAAACCACAGCGGCGGGGGUUGCUGGGAAACCGACGGCCUAGCGCGGCGGGGGAAGCCUGCCGUCGAAGCUCAACGAGAAUGGAAAUGAGCAGAAACUCCCGCUCCGUUUAGACGAUUUGGCAACGGCUGUAAGUGUCCACGUGACGGUAAGCCACGUUCGUUGAGCUAUCGUUUGUGAUUGGCCAGGUCGCUUCGGGAAGAGGAAGCUGUGCAUCUCGGUAGCGGGCCUUACCUGGUAAAAUAUAAAUAGUUUGUGUAGUUUAUCACCACCAUUGCUCAGUCAGACGACGACAUUGUCUUAACCAUCAACCGGGGCGUUGAACGGAGAAUUGGCAAUUCAGAGUCAGGAUACUUAUUUAUAGCUGGAGGAGGAAUCCUAAGAGCUAUAAAGCUAUUUUUUUCACAGAUGUCCAGCAAGGGGCAUGGAGUGAGAAAGACGUUACAGCAACAAACACAGUACGGCAAAACGCGGUAGGAGUGCGGAGUAUCGGAAAGGUGAACAAAUCUCUUGAAAAAAAAAA